GUGCAUAAACUGUCAGUGCAGCGUCUCUGGCGCCCUCUACUGUUGUCCGUCUGAAGCACAUUUGCACACCAUCAUGGCGGCACAGGCUCGCGCUGUGGUCUCAGCCCAGUGGCUUUCGGACGCAAUCCGGAACGGCCUCGUAGGCUCCAAGAUUCGGGUUCUAGAUUCGUCAUGGUACCUGCCGAUAACCAAACGGGACCCGAAAGCGGAGUUCGCGGAGAAGCACAUCCCGGGCUCUUCUUACUUCGACAUAGACGAGUGCAGUGACCAAAGUUCACCGUACGACCACAUGUUGCCCACUAGCAGCCACUUUUCACGCUACGUGGGCGAGCUGGGCAUCGGCAACGACACGCAUGUAGUGGUGUACGAUACGAACGGCUUCGGCUCGUACAGCGCCCCCCGCGUCUGGUGGAUGUUCCGACUGUUCGGUCACAACUCGGUGUCGGUGCUGGACGGGGGCAUGAAGAACUGGUUGGCCGAAGGGCGCCCGGUGACGUCAGAGCAAGUGAAGCCGGAGCGCAAAGACUUCAAGGUGACCACGAACAACACGGCGUGGGUGAAGACUUAUGAGGACGUGCUGGAGAACAUCAGCAACAAGACGAUCCAGGUGGUAGACGCAAGAUCUGCUGGCAGGUACAGGGGGGUCGAACCGGAGCCGAGAGAGGGUACCCUACCGGGCCACUUCCCCGGUGCGAUCAACAUGCCGUUCACUUCCUUCCUGGAAGCCUCUGGAAAGUAUCUGGCCAAUGAGGACCUGUCCAGACGAUUCAGGGAAGCCGGUGUGAAAUUGGACCAGCCGCUGUGGGCCACCUGCGGUUCUGGCGUGACGGCGUGCCUCGUCGUUUUGGCUGCUCACCUGCUCGGGCACCCGGGGGUGUGCGUUUAUGACGGCUCCUGGGCCGAGUGGUUUCAACGAGCAUCUCCUGAAAACGUCAUCUCAGAGGGAGAGGGAAAGAAAAUGUGAGGCAGUCGUCUCUGUAACAGAAGAAAGAAAUUGGUUUGUCCCAAGUGGAUUCAACUCUUGCACAUUUUAAAUGACACAAUGCUGCGUUAUAAAAGUAUAUGAAAUAAUCUAUGCCACCGUUAACAUGUUACUCAAGCAGAGCAAUAUUUGAAUGCUGCAACCGUGCUUAAAGUGUAUAAAGCAAUGUCAUCCAGUGACAUCUAUUAUGCCGUUUGUGUUGCUAGUUCACAAACAAAGUGCACUUAUUGAUUAGAGGAGUGGUCUUUCGCAAAUCCUGCACGAAAGGCAUUCUUUCAUUUUUUUCUCUCCGCAUGAUUCCAUUUAAACUUUGUCAUGCUCAUGACUUGUUCUCAUUAUUCAUUCACCAGAAAAGUAAAUACUCAUUUUUUUUAGGUGCGCGGGCAGUUAGCAGGAACCUGGGUUGAAUACAGAUUGUAGCAGCGUAUAUGUUAUUAAAGACAACUUGAAAUAUCAAAA